AUGGCGGAGCCGCCGCAGCUUCCACCUGAGGUCUGGGUGUACGUGUUCAGCUACCUGAGCACGGAGGAGAAACACACGCUCCGCACCUGCUGCAGGUACCUCAAGAAGCUCAUCGACCACCCGUCCCUGUGGAGGGACUACACGGUGGUGCUGUCCGACCUCCGCCGGUACACCUACGGCUUCUGGGACACGCUGCGGCACCGCAAGCUCACCCGGGUGGCGGUGCGACACCUGCGGCGCAAGGAGUGGCGGCGGCUCGUCAAGUUCCUCCCGUCGCUCACGGCCAUCGGAUUCGUGGACGGGGGGCGGCUGUACAAGGAGAAAUACCUGGAUAACCUAUCGCGGUUCCCCGACCUGAGGGACCUCGGGGUGCGGAACGCCACCUGGGACGAGGCGAUGCUGGGCCGGACCUUGAGCGAGCAGCUGCGGGAGCGGCUGACUCGCCUGAGCGUCUGCAACGUCCGGCUGCCCUGCACCGUGGAGUUCAUAGACACCGUGUCGCACCUGGUCAACCUGCGGUACCUGCUCUUCCACCAGCAGGGGGAGGGCUACGGGCUGGACACGGUGAGGCCGGUGCCCGGAGGGGUCUUCCACAACCUGCUGCUGAACCUGAGGAGGCUGAAGCACCUGUCCUGGGGGAUGAGGGGGGAACCGCCGGAGCCGCUGCCCGACGACUACCUGAGCCCCGCGGACCCGCAGCAGCCAGGAUCGGGCCGAUAUGGUGGCCCGGCGCUGACUAGCCUGGAGCUGGUGGAUUACCCGGAAACCAUCCUGCCGGAGAACGCCCUGAGGAGCCUGACCUCGCUCAGGUCGCUGACUAUCCGCUACAGGUACAUCAGAGAGGGCAUCGGGUGUCGCCUCACCUCCUGGCUCAGUCCUCUACAACAGCUGGAAACACUCACCAUUAUCGGUGGCAAUUCUCUCGCUACCUACACCACCACCAUCCCGUCCAGCGUGACCAGACUGACGCUGCGUGUGGCCAUCACUCUGAAAGACAUGGACUCCAUCGCUCCUAAGGUCCCGGCACUCGAGCACCUGGACAUUGAGCAGAACCGCUCCAGCGGCAGCCUCUGCAGACGAAUCCCCAUGCUGUUUCCUCAGCUCAGGACGCUCAGGAUACGGUUUUUCCGUAGAGAACCAGAGAAGGACCUGCUGAGCCUCCACCGGCUACGACACCUGGUGCAGCUGGAGCUGCUGGUGGAGCGCUCCUUCAUCCUCAGAGAUUACCUCAACGGCCACCCCUGGCCCAGCCCCUGCGUGCAGGAGCUAAUCAACCAGCUCCGAGAGCUGUCGGAGAACAGGAUCACCGUCAUCACCACGAUGCGCCAGAGAAACCCUCUACGAGAAUGUGACUGUGUUUGGGAGGGGGACUGAAGGCUUGGAGGAUAUGAAAACUGGAAAACAAAGUUUUAAUCCUCCUUGAAGCGAGAAGGCGGCAGAGCUGGAAACGAAGACGCGCAGAAGGCAGAAAAUCAAAUCCGAGGUGACUGCUGCUGCCGACGGCAACAGAUGGUGCCCGUUUUCUUAUGAAGUAAAAGGCCAUAAGACGGCCCUGAAUGAGGCAUACUGUAGUACGUUAAAAUCAAAAGUCUCAUUGAAGUGCCUGAGUACGAUGAACGCUGUGUGAUGAGCUGAAGAUUAGAGCAGCAUUCGCUCGAAUGAGGCAUUCGAGGAUUUCGCUUUAGUCUCCAAGCGUCUUUCACCAUUUUCUGAUGCUUUAUUGACCAAAUGACGAAUCAGUCAUUCACAAAAGUAACCGGCAGAUUAAUCGAUAAUAAAAAUAAUCGGUAGCUGCAGCUCUGAUUUCAGUAAUCUAUGAACCAUAAAACCCCUCUGUUCCCCAAUUAUUUCAGUAGGGAAAAUGGAAAGAUAAAAGUCGCUUUUUUGGUUCCAAGGCCAGAGAGACAGUACAGGCUGUACAGGGGUACAACUGGGAAAAUGCCCAUCACAGUUAUUCCAGUCUUUAAAUAGCUUCUUUUGUAAAACUUGCAAAAUCCAAAAGUAUUAAUUUUACUACAAUUUAAGGCAAAGAAAAGCAGCAAAUCCUAAGUUUUGAGAAGCUGGAAACAAAACGGUGGCAAAAUGUGGUCCUGGAGUCACCUACUGUAGCGGGAACUACUACUACAAAAUAAAGGGCCAGUUCGAAGAUGGGUGGGGUCCGACCCAUGAGCACUGGGUACCCAUGUAGUAACGUCAUAAUAACAACUCGGUGCUCUUGGGUCGGAACGUCGACGGGCGUCGCAGCUGGUGUGAUCCCAUCACUAGAUGACCUCGACUUUUUUAGCCUAUAUUUGUUUACAUUUUCAAAAGUGAAGAACACCGAUUUAGCUAUUGACAGUUCCUUUUGCUACGUACCAUCGGAUCUACCGACAAGUGCAUUAUCUCAUAAUUAUGAGAACUGAAAGUCACGAUGAGACAAGGUGUCCAUUUUUUUUUUUUUUUUUUUGCCUUUUGGGAAAUUCAAGUCACUUCUAUAGACACUGAGUGUCUGAGAUUUUUUUUUUUGUUAACUCCCAAACUAUUAAAAGAAAAACAAGGAAAGGGAAAGUCAAGACAAAAAGCUGCUUAAAUAUGUGCGCAGAAAACACACAACACAGUACAGAUUGGGUUAACAUGACAUAAGUGCGUUAUGGACUGGUUGUAGUUAAUGAUACUGCAAGUUAACAGCCCAGUUUUCUUUAGUUUGGGAACUUUUUCUACGACGCUACGAAAAUGCGGUUUUCAGGCUUUUUGCUUUGUCUGUUCCUGCAAUAUUUUUUUUUUAAUUAAAAAAAUGACUGUAGAAUUUAUUUAUUCACAACUUAUUAGCAGCAUUAUAUAAAUUAUAUAAAUUAGCAGCAUUAAAUUCUGCAGUGUGGAAGCCAUGCAAAACCAAAAAUGAGCUUUGCAGGAAGACUUGAAAGAUUGCUUAUUUUUUUAUAGUACUUGUGUAUUUUUUUUAAUUGUUUGUUUUGUUUUUUUUUAAGCCAAAAGGUCACGAUUUUAAGGAUAACUGUUAGUAUGCCGAAAGAUAUGAAGUGAAAUCUUAAAAUGUUGUGUAUUAUUUAUAAAUGCAAUGAUUUUGAAUUAAAAGAGAACAAUUUAUUCAAUAUGGUAUUUUCUACUUUGUUCAUUGUUACUUUGUUUCCUUGUACAGUUUUUUUAAAGUAUUUUUUUCAGUUCAUCAACUGAUUCUAUUCUCACGUUAGAUGUUAAAUCAGACCGAACCACCUCUGCUAGUAAAGAUGAAUGUUUUCAUUUUCUAGCACUUAAAAUCCAUAUGAUCAGAGAAAUGUUGCUCUGAACGGUUGUUUGUUAGUUGAGUGAUUAACUUCAUUUUGCUG